UUAUACAGGUAUUUGUUAUAUAAUAUAGCUUUACGUUUUAAGGCUGUAUUUUAGUCUUGUUUUAAGUUUAACGCAGAAUAACAUAAAUUGUAUAAGUGAAUAUUUAAAUAACAUAAAGAUGAAUUCAGGGAGAGUACUUAUGUGUAUCAUAAUUGUUUCUACAGCAGUUGGGAUUUUAUCGGCCUGUGAUGAAAUGGUAGAUAGAAAACGAUACUUCGGUCAUGAACCGAACUGCGGAGGACAUCAGUGCUUCUGUGUGAAUGAAAAAGCACAUUGUAUUGGAGAUAUGACUAUGAAGGUCAUACCAAAAUUGAGCCGAAAUAUUUCUGUACUUCAUGCGGAAUGUUACGAUUUUUCACAACUUAACAAAGAAUCGUUUAAAAACAUUCAAGAAUUAGAUCUGGAAAAGUUAUAUCUUCGUAGAAAUGACAUCCAAACACUUUCAGAAGAAACAUUUGAUGAUUUACAACAUUUAACAGUCCUUGAUAUCAGUGAAAACGAAAAGCUGAAUAAUGUAACACUUUUCAAAGCCCUCAGGCAUUUAAAUAAAUCUAAUAUCAUAAUGCUUUCUCUCGAAAAAAAUAGAAUAAAAUUCAUUAAUUUUACACUUUUAGAGGAAUUUACAAACCUGCAAAAUCUGACACUUGACGGAAACUUGAUAAGUUCAAUAAGUGGUCCCAGUGUUAUGAAACAUUUGAGGGUUUUGAAAUUAAUAUGGAAUCAAUUUCGGGAAAAGAACAGCUUACAAUUCUGCCUGCAAGGUAGGUCCAGAUAUCCAAAAUUAAAACGUCUGUAUUUGGGCCGUAACGUCCUUGGCCGAAACGGAAAACCACUGCAAUUGGAAUGGACUUGUUUGGACACUUUAGAAUAUUUGGAUCUCAGUAAUAAUACUCUAAUAGAAGUUAACGUAACAACUUUCAAAAAUUUAACGUCACUUAGAUAUUUAAACCUGGCUGCAAACUGGAUUGAAAGAGUUUAUGGACUUGUAUAUCCGCCAAGGCUGGAACAAAUAAAUUUCUUUGACAACCAUUUCACUCGUCACCCACCGAACUUGUGUCAUCAUAUUCGAAAUAACGUGACUUUCCCGAAUAUAAAGCGCCUAAACUUUGGCAGGAAUUAUAUGCAAACACUUGGCACGCGAUGGAAUUGUUUACCACGCAUAGAAACGCUGGAUUUCAGCAGGAAUGACGUCAGGUCUAUCCGGAAGCAUACAUUUUCAAAUUUUAAAAACUUGAAAAAUCUUUACUUAAGUAACUUGAUUCCUAAGACCAAAAGUUUUGAUUUAGAAGCUUUCAAAAGUGCAAGCCUGCAGAACUUGGAUUUACGAUUCAACCAAAUUGAUUUUCACGAGCUUCAGAAUCAGCGUAUGUUUGGCUUUAAUCCCAAUCUUACUCGGCUUGAUUUGUCGUACAAUAAUUUCACAGGUCUAUCUGUUGAGUCUAUAAAGGACAUUCUAUUACCUUUGAAAAAGUUAGAGAAACUAGUUAUGCAAGGUAUCAAACUUAAAACAUUCCCCGUCGAAUUUCUAGUAGAUUUUACACAACUGAAAGUGUUGAAUAUUGACAACAAUUUGAUACACACUAUAGAAAUUCCAGCAGCAUUCAUGGAAAAGUUAAAAAAUAUUCGAAUACAAAAUAUUUCAAUUGCACGUGGUCUCAUCAACACCGUCACGGAAAAUGCAUACCCUCUAAGUAUCAUUAAUAGUCUAAAAUAUCUAAAUCUUGGAGGCAAUCAGUUUGAUUGUGGCUGCAACAUGGAAUGGUUUAGGGACAAUGUUAACGUUUCAGGUUACUUCGGCAAUGCGCAGCUCCUUAACUGGCCUGAGAAUUAUGUUUGUAGUACGCCUACAUCUUUAGAAGGACAUCUUUUCGUGGACUUUAGGCCGGAGAUAGACUGUAGACCUAUUAAUCCAGUCUAUAUUGCAUUAAUUGCUAUCGGCACCUUUCUUGUUAUUUUCUUUACCAUAACCUCAGUUAUUUACUGGAAUAGGUGGUAUUUGAAAUACUGGUGGUAUAAAUGGGACAAACGUAGACGUUCUGCUCAUUAUAGAGACCCAGAACUACAACCAAUAUUAGACCAGACACAGUUUGAUGGAUAUGUUGUUUCAAAUUGCAAUGACAAUGGCUUUAUUCAUCAUCCCUUUCGAGAGAUGAUGGAAGAGAAACUGGGGUACAAACUUCAUAUCUGGGAACGUGACGCGAAAAGUGGUGCAUUAGUUGAUGUAAUGUUGGACGCAAUGUACGCGUCAAAACAGAUUGUUGUUGUCGUUUCAAAUAACCUUAUAUCGGAUGGAUGGUGUAAGUUUCAGGUCGAUGUAGCGGUUGACAUGAGUAUCGAAUUUGGCCGAAACUGUGUGCUAUUAGUUGUGCUGGAAGAUGUUGAUUUUCGUCCUAUAAGUAAGGCAUGGUGUGUCUUGUUAACAAAGAAACCCACGGCCUACUGGUCGGAUGAUAAAGACAGUAUAAAGUACAAACUCUACGAAGAAAAUGUUAAAACGCAUUUAGGACUACCUAUGUCUCACAGAAACGCAUAGCAUAAAUACUUUUAUGCACAAAACACUUCGCAAAUAUAUUGAGACAAUUUGGCAUUAUUUUAGGAAUCAAAUAACAAAACAUCAAGUAAUUAUUUGUACAAUGUAUAGUUUUGCUUUCUUUUAAGUUCAAAUUGAUGUAUUUCAUCCAAUGGUUUAUGCUUGCAAAGUAACAAAUUUUCGAAACAACAAAAUCGUCAACUACCGUUGGCUGGUGGUUACACAGCGCACGAUUUCCAUAGGCAGCUUCGGGGGAAAAUACACGUUUUUCGUACAUGCAUGACAACAAUAUCUAAUUGAGCUUUGUCGCUUCUGGAGUCACAAGUUUCAUUCACAUUGCAUGUAGAUAGCUUCGUUAUCCUGUCGGUUUCAAAUAGCAACACACGAUAACCACUUUGAAGUGCUAUAUCUAAAUUUAUUUGUGACGCAGUGUUAUUUUUCGCUCGUCUGUAUAUCCCUUUGUGUAUUAAAGUAUACUGGGCGUCAUUGAAGAGUUACCACUUAAUAUAUACCUCCAGCAUAAAUACUUCUAUACACAAAACACUUCGCAAAUAUAUUGAGACAGUUUGGCAUUAUUUUAGGAACCAAAAAAAAACAACAUCAAGUAAUUAUUUGUACAAUGUAUAGUUUGCUUUCUUUUAAGUUCAAAUUGAUUUAUUUCAUCAAUGAUGCAUACUUGCAAAGUAACAAAUGUUCGAUUUCCAUAGGCAGCUCAGGUGAAAAAUAUACGUUUUUCGUACAUGCAUGAUAACAAUAUCUAAUUUAGCUUUGUGGCUUCUGGAGUCACAAGUUCCAUUUACAUUGUAUGUAUGAAUAGCUUCGUUCUUCUGUUGGUAUCAAAUAGCAACACAUGAUAACCACUUUGAAGUCCUAUGUCUAAAUUUAUUUGUGACUCAGUGUUAUUUUACGCUCGUAUGUAUAUCUCUUUGUGUAUGAAAGUAUAAUAAAACUGUUGGGAGAUAAUGUUAUCAUUGUUGAUUUGUUUUAUUCAGAUGCAUAAAUUACUUAGUUUAUAUGCUACAAUUUAUUUUAAAUUGUAUAUUACUGUAAUUACAUGAACCACUAUUUAUAUCAUACUUUAUGUUUCUUCAAUACAUUUUUCCAUUACUGUGGUAUCUAAAAUACCAUAAUAGCCUGAAUUACUAUUCAUAUAGUAUUACUUUAUGCUUCAUUAUUCAUUUCAUUUUUCGUUUUCAUGUUUUAAAUACUUCCGAGUAAUUGUUUCCUUAAUAAAUACAGCAUCAUUUUCAUAUACGAAAUCAAACUUCAUGUCAUUAUUGCUAUCAUUGUUGUUAUCAUAAUUAUUUUCACCGCUGUUAUCAUUAUGGUCAUUAUUGCUAUUAUCAUAAUCGUUAUCAUUGCUGUUAUCUUAGUUGUUAACUUGAUGGUUUCCAUUGCUGUUAUCAUUGGUGUUGUCAUAACUGUUGUCGUUGCUAUUAUCAUUGUUGUUGCUGUUAUUAUUUAUUAUUAUUAUCAUUGGUGUCGUCUUAAUUGCUGUAUCACCGUUGUUAUCUUAAUUGUUGUUUUUUAUCAUUAUUUUUUUAAAUAAUGACAGCAUACCGCUGGAAUUA